AUGGCUACACCUCCUGGAACAGUUUUGGAUAGUGACUCAUCUGGUUGGAGAUUUGCUCAAUGUUUUGGCGACAAAGGAGAAGUUGAAGAUAUCACCGAAGCAGAUAUCAUCUCAACUGUCGAAUUCGAUCACACAGGUGAUUAUCUCGCUACAGGUGAUAAAGGUGGUCGAGUAGUACUCUUUGAGCGUAAUGAGGUAAGCAAGAAGGGAUGUGAAUACAAAUUCUAUACUGAGUUCCAAUCUCAUGAACCUGAGUUUGAUUAUCUGAAAUCACUCGAGAUCGAAGAGAAGAUUAACAAGAUCAGGUGGUGUAAACGUCAAAACUCGGCUCAUUUCUUACUUUCAACUAAUGAUAAGACGAUCAAAUUAUGGAAGGUUUUUGAGAAAUCAUUAAAGGUCGUUGCAGAAAACAAUCACAUGUCGACAACCUUCCAACCCGUUGCAACUGCACCGGCUGAACUCAAGCUACCUCGUCUUGCUUUUCACGACACCAUCAUUGCAGCUGUUCCACGUAAAGUGUAUGCCAAUGCACACGCCUAUCAUAUCAAUUCAAUCAGCAUCAAUUCGGAUGGUGAAACUUAUAUGAGUGCUGAUGAUCUGAGAAUCAACCUUUGGAAUCUUGCUAUCUCAGAGCAGAGUUUCAACAUUCUUGAUAUUAAACCCGCAAAUAUGGAAGAGUUGACAGAAGUCAUCACGGCCGCCGAGUUUCAUCCCCUCUCCUGUAAUCUAUUCUGUUAUUCGAGCUCGAAAGGUACAGUCAAAUUGGCAGAUAUGCGAAGCUCAGCACUUUGUGAUACACAUGCAAAACUCUAUGAGGAAGAGGAGGACCCAUCCAAUAAAUCAUUCUUUUCCGAAAUCAUUUCAUCAGUUUCGGAUGUCAAGUUCUCUAAAGAUGGACGUCAUCUGCUAUCAAGAGAUUAUCUGAAUUUACGAAUUUGGGAUCUCAACAUGGACAAACGUCCACUUGUUACCAUACCCAUUCACGAUCAUCUCAAGGGCAAAUUAUGUGACUUGUACGAAAAUGAUUGUAUCUUUGAUAAAUUUGAAUGUACUUUUUCGGGUGAUGGAAACCAUGUACUUUCAGGAUCUUAUAACAACUAUUUCCACAUUUAUGACAAAGAAGCAACGACAGAUAUUGUACUACAAGCUGACAAAUCAGCCUUCAAAGCUAAAAAGAUUGGUACAGCUGGCGGUCCAAAAUCAAACCCUAGUGCUAUGAAACCGCCUAAUGCAGCUGCCCAAGAUACUGAAAACUUGGACUUUGGUAAACGGAUUAUGCAUGCUAGUUGGCAUCCUAGGGAAGAUACUAUUGCUAUCGCUGCGACCAACAAUGUUUGUGAUUUCAUUCUUUGGGCUCUAUUGUGA